UCCCGGCAGAGCCAUGACACUUUUGUACCAAAUCUCUGCUUAGAUGCCGCACAAAUGAUGGAGGGAAAGAGAUCAGACUCACCAGAACCCAGUUGUGUGUCCAUGGAGAGUGACGACUCAAUGAAAGGGCCAGUGAACUUCAGAGACAGAGACAGUUCUACUGAUGUGAGAACAAUGAAGAGGAAGAGAUCAGACUCACCAGAACCCAGCUGUGUGUCCAUGAAGAGUGACAACUCAGCAGUCCGUCCAAUUAAUCUCAGAGAUGGAGACAGUUCUCCUUAUCAAACAGCACAGAUAAAGACUUCAGACAGCAGAAAUGAGUUGGAGUUCAUAUUCAAAGAGUUGGAACACAAAGUCAUCACUCUAAUAAAGAACGAACUGAAGAGGUUUGAGAAGCUCUUGAGUCCAGAUUACCCAGCAUGCACUGAGAGAGAGGUGGAGGAUGAGGAGGAUCUGCACAGUGUGAGAGAGGGAGCGCUGAAGAUCACACUGCACGUCCUGAAGAACAUGAACCUCAAUGAUCUCGCCGAUACAUUGAAGAACAAACUGUUCCAGGUGUCUCAGUAUCAGCAAAAACUCAAAUCCAGCCUAAGAGAGAAGUUUAAAAAAAUUAAUGAAGGAAUUACACAACCUGGAAGCUCAGUACUUCUAAAUGAGAUCUACACAGAGCUCUACAUCACAGAGGGUGGGAGUGGAGACGUCUGUAAUGAACAUGAGGUGAGACAGAUUGAAACAGAGUCCAGGAGAGCAGCAACACAGGAGACACCCAUCAAAUGUAAUGAUCUCUUUAAAGACAAGUCCAUCAGAAGUGUGCUGACCAAAGGAGUUGCUGGAAUUGGAAAAACAGUCUCUGUGCAGAAGUUCACUCUGGACUGGGCUGAAGGAAAAGCAAAUCAGGACAUCACCUUCAUGUUUCCACUUCCCUUUAGAGAGCUGAAUCUGAUAAAGAAGAAACAUCUCAGUCUGAUGGACCUUCUUCAACGCUUUUUCCCAGAAUUGAAGAACUUAACAUUAGAAAGGUAUAAUGCUCACAAAAUCCUGUUCAUCUUUGAUGGUCUGGAUGAGUGUCGACUUCCUCUAAAUUUCCAGGACAAUAAGAGUGUGUGUGAUGUGACAGAGUCAGCCUCAGUGGAUGUGCUGCUGACAAACCUCAUCAAGGGGAAGUUGCUUCCCUCUGCUCUCCUCUGGAUCACCUCUCGACCAGGAGCAGCCAAUCAGAUCCCUCCUGAGUGUGUAGACCAGGUAACAGAGGUACGAGGGUUCAGAGAUCCUCAGAAAGAGGAGUACUUCAGGAAGAGGAUCAGUGAUCAAAGCCUGGCCAAUAAAAUCAUCUCACACAUUAAGUCUUCAAGAAGCCUCUACAUCAUGUGCCACAUCCCAGUCUUCUGCUGGAUCUCAGCCACUGUACUAGAGAGAAUGUUGGGUGAAGCAGAGAGUGGAGAAAUCCUCAAGACUCUGACCCAAAUGUUCACACACUUUCUGAUAUUUCAGAUUAAACACAAGGACCAAAAGUACCAUCAGAAAUGUGACCCUGAUCCUGAGAAGACCAGAGAGAGUAUCCUGGCACUGGGAAAACUGGCUUUCCAACAGCUGGAGAAAGGAAACCUGAUCUUCUAUGAGGAAGACCUGCGAGAAUGUGGCAUUGAUGUCAAAGAAGUGUCCGUGUACUCAGGAUUCUGUACCCAAAUCUUUAGAGAGGAGUUUGGGCUUCACCUGGAGAAGGUGUUCAGCUUUGUACAUCUGAGUGUUCAGGAGUUUCUAGCUGCUUUAUACUCAUUCCUCUCAUUCAUCAGCAGAAACGCAGAUCAAACAGAACAACAAACUUCUGAUCUGUCAGAUCUUUUUACUAAGUCUAACAUGACUGAUUUUCUGAAGAGUGCAGUGGACAAGGCCUUACAGAGUGAGAAUGGACACCUGGACCUGUUCCUCCGCUUCCUUCUGGGUCUCUCGCUGGAGUCCAAUCAGACUCUCUUACGAGACUUAAUGCCACAGAUACGAAGCAGCUCUCACAGCAAACAGGAAACAGUCGAGUACAUCAAGGAGAAAAUCAGGGAGAAUCCAUCAACAGAGAAAUCCAUUAAUCUGUUCUACUGUCUGAGUGAACUGAAAGAAGAUUCUCUAGUGCAGGAAGUAAAAGAGUAUCUGAACAGACAAGGUUACAGUCGUCUAAGUAGAACCAGGCUUUCUCCUGCUCAGUGGUCAGCUCUGGUGUUUGUGAUGCUCAACUCAGAAGAGGAGCUAACUGAGUUUAAUUUAAAGACAUAUGACCCAUCAGAGGAAUGUCUUCUGAGGCUGCUACCAGUGGUCAAAGCAUCCAGAAAAGCUGAUCUACAUGAGUGUAAAUUGACAGAUGAAAGCUGUAGAGCUCUGUCCUCUACAGUCCUCAGCUCAAACUCCUCCAGUCUGAGAGAACUGAACCUAAGUGACAAUAACCUGUAUGAUUCAGGAGUGAAGCUGCUCUCUGCUGGACUGGAGAAUCCACACUGUACACUGGAGAAACUGAGGCUGUGUGGGUGUAAACUGACAGAGGAAAGCUGUAGAGUUCUGUCCCCAGUUCUCACCUCAAACUCCUGCAAGCUGAAAAAAUUGAACCUGAGUCACAAUAACCUGCAGGAUUCAGGAGUGAAGCUGCUCUCUGCUGCACUGAAAAAUCCACACUGUACACUGGAGAUACUGGAGAUGUGGGAAUGCAACAUUACGGAUGAGGGUUGUAUUGCUGUGGCUUCAGCUCUGGAGUCAAAUCCCUCAUCACCCCUGCAAGAACUGAAUCUGAAUGGUAACAAGCCAGGAAAAUCAGGGAUGAAGCGGCUUUCUGAUCUUCUGAACAAUUCAAACUGUAAACUAAAGAAACUACAUGUUACCAUGAGGAAGAUUGAACAAUAAUCCCACACAGAGGACUCUAAGAAAUUAAUGGAAACUUACAGUUUCCACCAUCAUAAGAAAACAUUUUACAUUUGUUUUUGGUUUACAGUUGAUUUUGUUUGGUGGGAUUUUAAACCUAAUCUUAAUCCUGACUGGUUUAAAAAAAAUCUGUUAGGAAAUUUAUUCCUAACUGAGAAAGUACCCAACAACUUAUAAACAUUUGUCCUAUCUUCUAGAGAUAACAAUAUCGGAUCUUGAUGAUACUGUACCACAUGUGUAGCCUGGAGUCUAGUGAGUGAGUAAAGGGUGUCAUACUUGAGCUCCCAUAUCAAUCACAGUAACACUAGCCAAUCAUAGGUGUCUGUGAGCUCGCACAAGUGAAAGUUGGCAGACAGCGCUUGUCCUCUGAGUGUGUUAUGCUUCCCCCUGUAACAGUUCGAUAAGAUGGCUUCACUUACUGCGGCGCACAUCAGCACAUGAACAUGGUUGGAUCUGUAAUUAUUUAAUUAAGCUGUAAUCAAACAUAAAUGAAGGAGAAAGUCAGUAAAAAAAAAGUACAGAGGUACAUUCAGUACCACGACCAAUGACUUUAUUAUAUUUAUUCAUAUGAUAUUGCAUUUAUUUACAUUUAUUUUUAAUACAUUUAUUACAUUAGUGAUGACUGUCAUUGGUUCUCUCUUUCAACACUUGGGUUUUUAUGGCAACAUUAACACCCUGUUAGAAGUGAAAAUUGGGUACAUAGUAUUUAUUUUGCAUAUUAUGCUCCAUAUUAUUCAUGCUAGUUUUAAGAAUUAUUUUACUUCAAGGUAUAAUAAGGCUAUUUUAAUGCAAUAAGAUGUUAUUUUCUUGUAAAAAAAAAAAUAAUAAUAAUAAUAUUGUCAUGUUACAAAGAGACUACAAAUGUAAACUCUCCUGUCCUGGACUCCUUCCUGGUUAAGUGCAUGAAGAUUUUUUCCUAAAUGUUAAAUAAACCUCUCUAUUUCAAUGAUUACACACUAUAGUAAAAUAAUGUAUAAUAUACUGUGUGCAGACCAGACAGCACGCUGUGGCGACCCCUUGAUGGGAGCAGAAGAACUACUAUAAAAAACUAUUUAUAAUACUCAUUUAUAGUUUGUAGUGGUUUCCUAUUUUAUGUGAGUGAGAAAUAUUUACUAUGUUAAUCUCAGUGUGGCCUUGUUCAUUUGUAAACUAUAUAAACAUAUCUGAUUCACUGACUA